UCAACAUAUGAAAUCAUAUCUCUUCCAGGCAACAAGAACAACAAAUCUUAACAUUCAUUCUCAUUUCCCUACACCAAAAUGGCUUUCUACAAUACAACAAAAUACCUUACAAGCGUCAUUGCACUAGUAUUUGUAGCCGGAGCACUGCUAAACAAUGCGACAGCACAAGAUUGUGGCUGUGCCGCAAACCUAUGUUGUAGCCAAUAUGGCUAUUGCGGCACCGGCAACGAUUACUGCGGCCAGGGUUGUAAACAAGGUCCUUGUACUGGCAGCGGCGGCACACCAACCACACCGAGUGGUUCAUCAGUGGCUGAUAUAGUAACUCCAGCAUUCUUCAAUGGGAUCAUAAGCCAGGCUUCUUCAGACUGUGCCGGAAAGAACUUCUACUCUCGAGGGGGUUUUCUUGACGCUGUCAACUCAUAUUCUGACUUUGGUAGACUUGGUUCGGUUGACGACUCUAAACGCGAAAUUGCAGCUUUCUUUGCUCAUGUCACUCAUGAGACUGGCCAUUUUUGCUACAUUGAAGAGAUAAAUCGCGGAACCUACUGCGACACAACCCGAACAGACUAUCCAUGCAAUCCCAACAAACAAUACUACGGGCGUGGACCACUCCAACUAACAUGGAACUACAAUUAUGGAGCUGCUGGAAACAGCAUUGGCUUUGACGGCCUAAAUUCUCCUGAAACCGUGGCCUCAGACGCUGCUGUUGCAUUCAAGACAGCCUUGUGGUAUUGGAUGAACAAUGUUCGUCCUGUUGUAAGCCAAGGAUUCGGAGCCACGAUUCGAGCCAUUAAUGGUGCUGUGGAAUGCGAUGGUAAAGAACCUGGAAAAGUUCAAGCCCGGGUCAACUAUUACAAUGAUUAUUGCACCCAACUUAAUGUUAAUCCUGGUGGUAAUCUCUAUUGCUAGAAUACUAAAGUUUAUAAUAGGCAGAGAUAUUCUUUCUAGACAUAUCAAAGCUUAUUAAUUAUUUAGAUAAUGAAUAUAUAAAAGGGCAAUCUGAUUAUUAGUUGCUCCCUUUCAUAUGAUAUAUCAUGUAUUAUUUUGUUCCCAGCCAUGGAAGGAGAGGGCUAGCUCUCCUGUUGUGUACUCCACCCAUUCAAUAAAUAAAGGCUGAAGUUUUGUGUUGA